AUUUCAUACACUACGACGAACGACUGCAUCGGUGUCGUAAAGUAAAACGUCACACGAGUCGCGGAAGCAUUGAGGAUGACAUUUAAAAUUCGUAGUUGGGUUAUUCGAAAGGUUUCGAUAAGCGAUAAAAACCAUAACGUGCAGUGAUCAGCUAUAUAUUUUAUGUAGGAACGGAAUAACUUUUCACUCAAGUAAUAAAAGAGAAUAAUUUUACAAAGGGAUAGGAUUCCAUUGCGCGAGUGUUGAGUAAUCUUACGUGCACAAGUGCUGCUAUAGUAAUGUAUAUGUGUGUUUGACAGUGCAAAAAGAGAAUUUCAAGAAAAUAAUUGGGACUGUAAACGUAUAACAGGAAUUACGAACGAAAACACGUACGGAUGAAACCCAAAAAUCGACAAGGAAGAACUGUGAGGUAAAAAACCGACGACAGUCACCGUUGACGAGACGUGUGAAAAGGUACCAGAGAUGGACGUCGAUAACGAUUUGGAUCAGAAUUUGCUUCAUCAAUUCAGUUGUCUCGGGACCACCGACAAGGAUGAUCUCGUCAAGCAGCUACAAAGGCUACUCGCUGGCAGUCAGCUCAACGAAGCAACAGCGGCCUUUUUUCUUGACAUGAAUAAUUGGAAUCUACAAGCUGCGAUAUGUAGUUACUUUGAUUUUGGAUCGCCCUUCAAACUACCCUCUAUGACACUAGUCUGCGACAGUACAAUUGGCGAGGGUGAAUCUGUCCAGCCCAACACACAGUUCAAAAAAUUAUGGUGGGUACAAAAUUCAGGAACAGAAGCAUGGCCGGAGGGCAUUGUUCUACAAUACACUGGUGGUACACAAAUGGGUGAUUGCACAAGAGUGCAAGUUCCUGUACUAGCGCCAAAAGAUUCAACCGAAUUAAGUGUUGUUCUUACAAGUCCUGCUGAGCUCGGUGUAUUUCAGAGUAAAUGGAGAAUGAUGACAUCAACGGGUUCCUAUUUUGGGGAUGUAAUUUGGGUGAUAGUGACGGUGAGUGAAACAGGCACGCUAGCUGUCACGCAACAAUUGCAUCAAUUAAGUACUUCACAGUCUGGCGAUGUACAAAUGUCCUAGCCCCCCUGCAAUGUCCAACUUCAAGAAAGGGUUUAUAACGAGAUUUUAAGGAGAAGGAGAAGAAGAAGAAUGAGAAGAGAAAGGAGAAGAAGACAGGAGAAUGGAAAUUAAGAAACGCCCAUUUUUCGAAAACCUCUAUCUAUUUUUGAAAGAUUUAUCUUAAAAGAAGUAUGAAGUAAAAAGAAAUGCGUAAGAAAACAAGAAAAUAUAGAUUCAAUCGUUAAUUCAGCUUGGAUAAUAAGCACAUUUGAGAACAAAGAGCAACUGCUGUGUCUCGUGAACGCUGAUUCAUUGGAAGCUCGGAUUUUUCUAAGGUUUCCGUUGUUCUGGUCGAUCCGUUAUGACAUUGACAUUUUUUUCUGUUUCUUUUUUAUCACAAUAGUAUUCGCAUUUAUGUCGAUAAAAUACGAUACGCGAAGUUUUUAACGAAGAAGGAAUAUUUGAAAUUGACAAAAAUUUUCAAUAGAUGUGCGAAAAUUAUAAACACUUUUAUUAAAGAAAAUUUUUCUCACGUACGAGACUUUUCCGAGUAACAAUCGUAUCGAAUCUUCAGACAGUUUCAUACUUUCUCGAUCUUCAAGAAAUCGGUCCUCGAGAUGUUUCGCAUGUUCGUACGGGGAAAUUAUAGUAUCGAAAAGCUUUUAGCAUUUGUUUGAAAGUUUUGUAGUUUAAAAAAUAAUCAUUGAAUUUUUUCCACGCGUAAAAUAAAUUUGUUGAUAUUUCAAAACACUUUUGAUCUCUUUUAAACUCCUCUUUUUCAAAUUUCUCUUUUCCUCAAUGUAAUAUUUGAAAAAACGUUCGUUUGAUGCCUUAAAAAUUGAAUAAAUAUAUAUAUAUAUAUAUUCCUUUACAAUUUUACGAUAACUAAAGGAAAAUGAUAAUUUUUAAAGAAUCCGUCAGCAUUCAGAAAAAAAUAAGUUCGUUUCACGAAGCGAACAAAAAUGGUUUAAUUGUCGAUCGAAAAAUGUUCUGACUAAAUAAUUCGAUAAUUAUUUUUUAGUACUAUUAUUAUCGAUAAUCAAAAUUAGUAAGGGUUUAAAAAUAGAUAUUAAGUAAUAAGCUAUUCAAUUUUAAAUUUCUAAUUUUGAGUAGCUGAUUGCUUAAUUGAUAAAAUGACAAGAAAAUUCGCAAGAUUAGAGAGGAUUGAGAAAAUUUUGUUUAGCUUAAUCGAGCUUUGUAAUAUAAAUUCGUUUAAAUACCCAGAAAAAAAUGCAAUGAACAUAAUCGGAAAAUUAUUUCCAAAUUCGAUUGAAUAAUGGAACAAGUUUUUUCAAAUCUAACGCGUUCAAGUCUAUUCAUCUUGUUGACCGUCAACUCAUUCGUUAUAUUACAGAAGUUUUAAUGUAAGUACAGAAAAAACAUUAUUUAACGAAAUCGAAGUUGCUCAUUUGAAUUAAUGUGAAAUCAUAGUAAACACGGAAAUGUGUAGUGAAACAGGUUUUCAGCUGUAUCGAAAUCGAAAUUCAACCAGUAAUUGGAAAAUUGAAAAUUCUCAAAUUACUGGGCGAGUUUAAGUUUGUGCUGUUUAACUUUUAUAAGAAUUAUUCUCCAUAAUCAGAAACUAAUCAAGACAACGAGUCGACAGUUCGUUUAGAGAAUAACGACCGUUUUUUCAUGAAUUAUCAUUUCAAAUGCUGAAUAUAUUGAAACAUUGUUUUCAUGAAAACAAUAUUCAAACAGAAUUCUUCAAAAAACAACGAUUUCCAGAACUCGAACUACAUGUCGAUCUGUGAUGAUGCAAAUGCAUUCGCGUGUUCGCUGGUGCGCAAAAUCUAUCGGUUGGUCUUGAUGCUACUACGUCGAUUACAUUGACAAAAUUAUUCGUUUACACUCGUAAUAUCAUUGCAAAUUUCUAUGUCAGUUUUUUAUGUUGUAUAAAUUGAAAUUUAUUUACGGAGAUAUACCUUAGUGAAGAUAAAAUCUUAGAAUGCAUCAUUGAAGAAACUGUGGGAAAAUUUUAUCAAAUGUUGAAACAAAUAUAUUCGUGUGAAAAUCAUAUCUUUCAAAAUUGAUGAAAAAAGUUGGCAAAUUAUUUCAAGGAAUGUUGGAAUUCAUUUAUUCUUACAUAUAUAUUUACAUGCGAGAAAGAAAAAAAUUUCUCAAUAAUUGUUUAUAGAUCUUCAAGGUCAAGCCUUGUAGAACCCUUUGUGCUGCUCCUGCAGGAAUCGAUCAAUCUUAAUUACAUACCUUUUUGCUCAUUUUCUUUUCUUUAUUUCUAACAAUAUACCUUCAAUUCACGUUGCCCCUGUAAUGUGAUCUCUUGAUUUGAGCGAGUGGUUUUAAAAAAAAUAAAAAGGAACAAUCGGAAUCAGAAUCGUUCUGAAUUUUUCGAUGAGGCUGAAUAGCCGUGAUAUGAAUUGACGAAGAAAGUGUCUUCGAGCGAUAUUUAAGAAAUCGAUAUGAAUGAAAGACGAAACAAAUAUUGAUAUAUAAGUUUAUUAAAAAAAAUAUAAUUUUCAUUAGGAAAUAAAGUAUAGUUAUCUCUUAAA